AUGCCCCAACACCUCGCAGUUAGCCUAGCAAUACACCAAGCAGUACGAAGCAAAGAGCUGGUUAAUCUCCUCCAUGGAUUUGGCAUGGCUGUAGAGUACAAUCGCUUGUUGAGGGUGGAGUCACAAAUUGAGAAAACUGUCCUGAAGCGCAUAGAGAGUGAAGGUGGCAUGUUUCUCCCUCCGGAUAUCGUGAAAGGACGGCACGUAUAUUUUGCUAUUGAUAAUAUCGAUUUCUCAGAGGAUACGCCGGACGGGAAACGUACUCUACACGGCACAGCAAUGGCUAUUUAUCAGAAAGUGGAACCCCAAGAUGAAGAACCUGUAUUAAGGUACCAUAAC